CCCAAAAGAAACAAAAUGGACUCCUGAAACUCCACUUAACGUUAUAGUCUAUCGUUUUUAAAGGUUAUUGGAAGAAGAACUGGGUCCUGUGAUCAUUUAAUUACUCUCAUCACCAAACAGCAAUUAGAUCUUGCUGGAGACUGGAGAAUAUUCCCAACCUCUUCCCCUUCUGAACCAAUGGAAGGGUCUGACAGUUCAGAGCAGAGCGGCAGUGACCAGCCAGAGUCGCAGCGCAGGAGCCAGCUGGAUCGUCUUGACAGAGAAGAAGCCUUCUACCAAUUUGUCAACAAUCUGAGUGAUGAUGACUAUCGUCUUAUGAGAGACAACAAUCUUUUGGGCACCCCAGGAGAGGCAACAGAGGAUGAGCUGUUCAGUAGACUUCAGAAUAUCAAAAAUGGUGCAGAGCAACAGACGAACACGCCCAGUUCAGAAAAUUUAGAAGAGCCAAGUGAACAACCUGAAACCUCAGAAGAUCCUGCUAAUGGCGAUAGUCUCCUAGAAUGGCUGAACACAGUGAGGCGCACAGGCAACACAACCAGAACUGGUCAUCGUGGAAACCAGUCAUGGAGGGCAGUAAGUCAGACCAACCCAAACAGUGGAGACUUUCGCUUCAGCCUGGAAAUCAGCGUGAAUCGCAACUUAGCUGAGCAGCAGGCCGCUGCUGAAGGAGAACAACAGCCUCCAGAGUCUCAAGAAGUAGAUGGAAAUGCUGAACCACCUGUUCUCAUGGAGACAGGAGUGGUAGAAGAACGAGUUGUUGAGGAGAUGGCUGUCAUAGUAGGACCAGAGCCUGAGCCCGAGCCCGAGCCCGAGCCUGAGCCUGAGCCUGAGCCUGAGCCUGAGCCCGAGGCUGAGCCUGAGGCUGAGCCAGAGCCUGAGGCUGAGCCAGAGCCAGAGCCAGAGCCAGAGCCAGAGCCAGAGCCAGAGCCUGAGCCUGAGCCAGAGCCUGAGCCAGAGCCAGAGCCAGAGCCUGAGCCAGAGCCUGAGCCUGAACGGGAAGAGAUUGUUUCAAAUGAGACGCAUGCAGGUCCUCCCAGCUCACCAGUUGUUGUGUCAGUUCAACCUACGCUUUCUCUGUCUCUACGUAGAGGACAUAGGAGAGCUCGCAGCCGCAGUUCAGAACCAUGCAGAACCAGGGCUCGUACAGCCAGGAGCCGUUCCCCUCUCCGUUCAGAUCAGAUGGAAGAGCUGCCUAAUCCCCGCUUUGCUCAUACAUCUGAAGGACCUAGCACCGAUACCAGUGCUCCACGUGCGCUUCAAGUGGAGGGUAGUUCUCGGACUCGACAGCAUGUGCUUUCUAGACAAAGUGGUGCUGAGAGUGAUAUUCAGCAGCCCAGGGUUGAAACUGAACAAACUCCUGAAACCCAAAGUGUUGCUUCUCAUGAAGGAGAAAGUGGAGUUGAAGGUGGUGCAGCUGGACGAAGGCCACCUACUAUAAUGCUUGAUCUUCAGGUGCGUCGGGUGCGUCCAGGCGAAUAUCGCCAAAGGGACAGCAUUGCCAGUCGUACACGUUCGCGGUCACAGAACUCAAACAACACAUUUCUUUAUGAAAGUGAGCGUGGUGGAUUUCGUAGGACUUUCUCACGCUCUGAGCGUGCUGGUGUCCGGACCUAUGUCAGUACAAUUCGUAUCCCUAUCCGUAGAAUUUCGGAUGCAAGUUUGGGAGAGGCGACCUCAAUGGCUCUCCAGUCUAUGAUUCGACAGAUCAUGACUGGCUUCGGUGAGCUCGGCUACCUCAUGGAUUCUGACUCAGAUUCUUCCGAUUCCAACCGUGGAGCCAGUGCAUCCGCAGAUUUGGCUGAACACUCCAAUAACCCAGAUGCCACCGCUCCUGCUGCUCCUGUUGUAGAUGAACCACCUGUGGCUACUGGAGUCAGAGCAAGGACAGUUGAGACCGAUAUGGAUGAAGGACUUGCCACUACCCCUCCAGCCCCUGGUGGCAGGGCUAGACCCAGAGCCCCUAUCAACCUUGAGGAGCCAAGCUCAUUGCCCCUCCUCCGACUGGCUCACUUCUUCCUAUUAAAUGAUGAAGAUGAGGACCAACCCCAAGGGCUGACCAAAGAACAGAUUGACAACCUUGCCAUGCGCAACUUUGGCGAAAGUGACGCCUUGAAGACUUGCAGUGUCUGUAUAACAGAGUAUGCGGAAGGAAACAAGCUGCGGAAGCUUCCUUGCUCCCAUGAGUAUCACGUGCAUUGCAUCGAUCGCUGGCUGUCGGAAAACUCCACCUGCCCCAUCUGUCGCAGGGCUGUUCUGGUGUCUACUAAUAGAGAGAGUGUAGUGUAGCUCACAACAAGCCUCUUUGUCUACACUUUAAUUAUGUAAUAACCCAAAUUCAUAAAUAACUUUAAGGAGAAAAGUCUAUGUUGAAAUGUAUACCAUCCAUACCAUUUGCAACUUUUAUCUAAUCACCAGAUGGAUUUGGGUUGCUCCACGCUGGCACUGAUGGAGGUUAGGGCUGCUCAGUGGUAUUCUGGUAUCAUGAGAAACCCUAUUUGAACAUUGUUGGUUAUCAUGUGUGCACAUUUUCUUUUCAACAGAGAGUCUACCUUGGCACAUGUCCAUCUCUUUCCUGGUUUUAAGGUUUAGGUGCACUCAUAGAAAAAAGACCAGGUACAACAAAUACGUGUUGUUAUACGGUGCAGACAAUUCGUGUGCAUUGAAAAUGGCUUAUCACUGCAACCCUAGUCUAGACCUUUGAAACUGUCAGUUAAUAAACUUAACUAUUACAGUGCCAGUGUCCACCUUUCCAAAGUUAGUCACACACCAUGCAUGUUGUUUGAAUCAACCCCUUAAGUGUCCAUUCUGGGUUUUUUUUUUUUUGCACUGUCAAGUUGUGUGUGAAAGAGAGCCACUAUUCUGAAGAAAACCAUCUGGUUAUAAAAGCUGUGCACCUGCAGGCAGUUUCAGCAGCUCAAAUCUGCACCGAUUUUUUUUUUAGUUCCUAAACAAUGCCUUAUAAAUCAUAAGGUGUGUAUUGGUACAGUUCAGUUAUUCCAGGUCAAAGUAUUAGCUGUAAAUAAGCUUGUAUAAAUAAUUUUGGAGUCAUUCUUUGUAUCAGUGGUUUUAUUUUUGGAUUGUAAAUCAUCUGAGAUUAGGGGUUAUUGGCCAGUGUUACUAUCUACCAGGGCAACCCUUAAUUUAAAUAUAAACAUAGCUGGGAUAAGUAUACGACUGAUUUUUAUCUACUGAUAGAUAUGGCCAAAUGAGGACAUUGUUGGUUUGCCAUUUCAUGUAUACGCUGCCAUGUUUGCUAUGGCAUAAUGUACAUGUGUAAUAAACAAUUUUAUAGUAGAUUGUUGUUCAGGCAAAAAGAACUUGGAACACAAGUUACAUAAACACAAGUCAACUUUUGGAUUUGGAUGCAUUUUGCCAUCAAAACAAAAAAAUAAUAAUUCUACUUGCAACGAUGGCACGAAUUAGAGAUUCCUCAAUAUUGGUUGUACAUAUUUGAAAUCAUGCUGUUGGCAGUUAAUCCCUCAUUUUACCAUGACUAAAAAGCAUCACAUACCUGGUUUGUUCUUUAAAAUGUUCCUGGAUUUUAGAAAUGUUGCACAGUUCCCCCCCAAUCGUUCAGUUGCUGGUCUACUUUCAAUUCUACAAUAACACAUUUUGUAGUUGUUGUCAGCGUUACUGAGCUAAAUGAAAUGCGGCUUCACCUUUUCAAGUCAUGAUGAAAUAAUACUAUUUACAAAACUUAAUUUCCAUCUAUUUCCAAGGUUUUCCUUCUGAAAUUGGCCAAGUGUGUCUUGAUCAGGUCCUGGUAGACUUUCAAGAUGUUCAGCCACAGAUGUUCAUUACAUUACAUGCAAAAGACAAAACAAACAACAAUGAUAUAAAUGUAUGCUAUUAUUAAAUCUAUUGUCAAUGGUUGAAAUCCUUAAUAAAGAUUUAUUGCAUUAUUAAAAGUAAAUUUCUGUUUUCGAGGAUGUCAGUUUUGAUGGCACUAUUGAUGAACAAGGGCACAGUCUACAUGGAAGAGGGGGAUAUCAUUCUCCAUGUCUUUGCCAUUGUUACACUUUUUUUCACGGGCCAUGAAAUUGAAUGCAAAAUUUUCUCGUUGUUGAAUACCACAAACUUGUCUCCAAACUAUGUAAAACUGUGUUCCCUUUUGGGCCAUGCUUGGCCUUUUUCUGUGAUCCACCCAAUUUGACUGGGUUUGAAUGGAAACUAACUGCUGAAUUAAACAAGUUAUGCUACUAA